GGUCCGGGCUCCGGCGGAGGGAGGUGCGCGUGCGCGACCCCGGGUCCGGGCUCCGGCGGAGGGAGGUGCGCGUGCGCGGCCCCGGGUCCGGGCUCCGGCAGAGGGAGGUGCGUGUGUGCCGUGUCCGGCCGGGGUGCGGGACCGGGACCCGGGGACGUGCACGUGCUUCGUCCCGGGCCGGGUUCGGAGGAGCGAGCCGCGUGCUGGUUGGAUGUUGCUUUGUCACAUUUACCCUCAGCUGUGCGGCAUCGGCGAGGAAAUGGAGACAAAGAUACCUCUGCCAGGGGUUUUCUUAGAGAUAAGGAACAGCACGCAAACCGGACACUUAGUAUUAGGGACCUUUACUGAGGACCGCUCAGAAUUGCAAGUUAUGCUUGGCCUGUCAUCUAUUAAUCUUCAGACUUCUGAGAGGUGUAUGAACUUUGGUUUGCCAGCAGGGGUCAGAAUUGCUCCUUCCUCUUGCCGCAAUCUCCAGUAUAUUGCAGGAGACGGGUUCCACAUGAGGCUGCAACUUCUUACCGAUGGACCUAAAGAGCUGGUUCCAACUGUGAUACGAACAUUGAAAGCUCAGGCAUGUUAUGUCUUUCAGUGCCAGAGCUGUGGGCAAUCUCUACUCCAGACACAGAUGUUUCGGAGAGUUCUACCUCUGCCUAAUGGAGAUUGGAACGACGUGGUAGAACACUGGUGCUGCCAUCCCAAUCCUUUUGUCCGGGAUUUUCAGCCAAAGUUGGAUGACUGCUUAUUGGGGGAUACCUUCUUGUUGGUGAAUGUGGCAAGUGUUGAUCAAACGGCUGCAUGUGAAGAGAAGGAGGGUCAGUCAGAGAUUGGGCAGAACGCAGAUGACAGUGGAGCCCAUCUAGUGAAGAUGCCAAAGAAAAAUAAAACUGUAGUUUGCACACGUUGCAGGAAGAUGCUGGGAGAUAUGACAUCUUCAGAUACAAUUAAAUUUUAUAUCACCGAAUUGCUGGUCCAACCUCUGAUGAACAAGACUUUGGAAAGACAAAUAAACGAAAGAUACUUCUUCGUGGAGAAUGUGGUUGCUGGCCGAUUGAUGGAAUUAUCUUCCACUCAAAGUACCUUUAGAUUCUGCAUUCAAGGGCAUGAUGGAGAGACCUAUGCUUUGCUCUGGCUUUUGAAUUCCGACACCCUGCUGGUGAGAUCACACAAUGAUCCCAGUAGUGAUUUUACUGCAGUUGCCAAUGACACUGUGAAGAAUGAGUCUUCAAUCCAUUUGUGUGAAGCAAACAAUGCUGUUAAAGUCCUGUAUCACACCUGCUUAAAAGGAAGAAACAAAAUUGUGCAAGAGAAGUGGGAGAAGAAUAUUGGUGUGCACUGCAUGACCUUUCCAGCAAACACCUGUCUGGAGCUGUUACUCAUACUAGCUUCCUCAACUGCCUCUCUCCCUCCAUCACUGCAGAGCAUGAACUCAUUCAAGCAAAAUAAGAUGCACUAUAUGCAUCCCGUCAAUCUUGUCACUGUUAUAGAUAUGAAGAAAGCAUCUUCACCAGAUUAAAUUCAGCAGGUAGCAUUUUUGAAACUGGAUUGAUGGUAGUCAUUACCGGAUCAGAAAAGUGCUUGGAUUAGGAAGGACUUCAGAUUUCCUUCAAUGAAUCAAUUUGCAGGGUAAUAAAGAAAGUUGGCUUGGAAUGGAACUGUUUAAGAGUAGUGGAAUGUUAUAUAAUAAGCCAAUGGAGCAGCUUAAUGACAGAACUGUGAUCUCAGCAGUUAAAAGAAAAUAAAAUAUAGGAGCUGGAAUAGGCCAUUUGGCCGUUUGAAAGUUAUUCACCCUUCAUUAAAACAAUGGCUGAUCUUCUGCAUUCCAGAUCCACCUUUCUAUCCUAUCCUCAAAUCCCUUGAUUUGCCAGCAUGAAACUUGGAAAAUUGACAUUAGAAUUUAUUAUAUUUGCAAUUACGUAAUAAAUUGACUAUGCUAGGAAGGUGAAGGUUUCAAUUGACAAAUCUGGAUAUUAUCCAAAUUCACACAAUAUCCAGUAUAUAGAAGUUUCUUUUAAAGAACUAUAAAUGCACUGCAGUGACCUUGUCACCUAAAUGUGCUGAGGACCAUUUUGAAGAAUGAAAGUCAAUGGAACAAGAAGGUCAUUUUAACUUCAGAGACUUAACAAUAGGGAUUGUCCAACACACAGGCUGAAGGGAGUCGGUCUCAAUUCCCUGUGAGUAAGUGUGCCGCAUUUGAUGGUUCAUGUGAAAACCGAAACUUUCAACUGCCCUCUGUGUGGAGCAUCUCCAUUCUGCUUUUGGCUGAAUCCUGGUAUGUCUCCCAGGGUGAGGAGGAGUUAAAGCUAUUACUUUCAAUACCAAUUCAUAUAUGAACUGCUGUGAAGGGCUAUGAUUUGCAGUCUUUUUAGCAUUUUUUCUCUCUUGAGUUUAUAUGAAUAUUUCUGUUUAUGCAAUAUGUUAAUGACUUCAGUGUGGAUUGAGGGAGAGAUUUGCAAAUUUAUAUCAGUAAAUUUAUUUAAUCAUCAAUUGUGAUCUACCGCAUGCGCCAGUUAUUUCACCUCCUUGCACUUGCAGUCUUUAUUAAGGACUUAUAUAGGCACAGCAAGCAACUGAAGCUCUGUAGAUUUCACCAAACUCAUCACCUUGCCAUAUCUAGAGGCAUGUAAUAAACAUUCUACGUCAAUUUACAAGAAAAAGAAAACAGGAAUACUUUAGCGCAGAAUAGUUUAAUUUUUCAGUUUAUAAUAAAUCAAAUGAUAACUAAUACGAUGUUACAUAUGGGGACAGACCAUCUGAUCCCUGGAACUUGCCCUAUGGUGACGCAAUGCAGCCACAGAAGCAGAAGUUACAUCAGAAACAAAUCUCUGGCCAAUUUAGGAAAACUCUGGAGAAGUUACUUUCAGACUCCCUUUGACCAUCACACUGCCUGCAAGAGAAUACAGCAACUCCCUAUUCCAGAUACCAUACUGUUAACCUCUUAUUACUUAAAAUGUCCACCUCUUGGGAGUUGAUCCAGCUCACUUUGAGGGAUGGCAGCAGACUUAUCCCUACCACGUACUCUGGUAAUCUCUCUGGUGGUUGAUGCUUCUCUGAAAAUAAACAUUUUUCUAACUUGGCUCUUUGUCUGCUCUGUUAGAUAAUUCACCCUUUGGCCCUCCAGUCUAUCCUAUUUAACUGAACAGAAUAUAUAAAUUACUAGUCCUGUGUUCCUUGAAGGAAAAUAGUUUCAAUGGCUCAGGUUUCACUGCUAACAAGUUGCUCUAAAAUCGGGCAUUAUUUUGGUUACUUCUGCACGGCUUGUUUUGGGGAUCAGAAUGUGAUGAUGCUCCCCAAGUACAAAGCCUUGUCAAGACCAAGUAUACUGUCUGAUUUAUGUCAUAUUUUCCCAGCAAUACAACUGAGAAUCCUGUUUGCUUUUGCACACUGCACGUGAGCCUUCAGUGAUUUAUCAAUCAAGAUCCCCAAGGUUUCUCUUCUCUCUGAUCUUUAAUGGCUGCAGUUGUGUUUAGUCAACCCAGCCAGAGUUACCUGGUCCAGAUUAAUUGGGUUUAUCCACAUUGCGCAUCAGCCUGAAUCUCUAACUUCUCAAAAUUGCCCUUUACCCAACGUACAUUUGGUCAAAAUUCACAACACUAAUUUGCACUUUUAAAUCAUCUGCAGGUCUGUGAAUUAUUCCAUUAAAGUUGCUGUCCAUAUAAUUUAUAGUGGGCAGCAAUGGAAAUGACACUUGGAAUUCUAUUUGUGACAGGUCUACUCUGUUUGAAAAUAACCCCUCUGCAACCAGUUACCUCUCCAGAACAAUGUCUGAUCAUCCAUUCUGAUAAUCUACUGUAUGACACCUCAUCAAGAGUGAGCAAUGACCAGUCUCUUGCCCUUCACUAACCCUAACAACUUUCUCAAAGUAAGGUAAAUUAGCUAUGAGCUCACCAGAGUAUUGAUCAAUUGCUUCACGCUUCUGGUUUAAGAGAUGGGCAAUUUAAAUCAUGUAACUGAGCCCAAUGUUUUGAUGCCUCUGAUCUGAAAAAUAAAGCCGUUCCCAGCAUCAAGAUAAAUAGUUCAUAUGCCUGAAAUGAAUGUUGCCACUGUGUCCUGCACAUUAGAGAAAUACACAAACAACUAUUUGGUUUGGGCAUGUAUUCACCACUUCCCGAUGUUGCAUAGACUUUGCUGUAGGAACAAUAGUCUCUGCAGUUUAAGAGCAUUAAUAAUUAAUGAGCUGGCCCAGAAACACCAAUCAACAUUCCUGUUGAUGGCUUGUGAAGCCUAUCUUCUAUGUUGUGAUUCAUGUGUUGCAAGGUGAGAAAUCUAAAUCUGUUUAACAGCUCACAGAGGCCACCUUCAAAGAAGCAAAUGAUAUUAAGUUUGACAGUGGUACUGUUUAGAAGGUCUGUUAUAAAAAAAAUCUUGUGUUGAAAAUGACUAGAUACUCUAUUUUAGUUUGGGGACCAGUUCUGAUAUUGCCCAAAUUUCAUAAUGAUGCACAAAAGCAACAUCUACAGGAGUGUUAUUCUUUUCCAUUACAAGGUGGACUUUUUUAUUCUUUACAGUUACAGUAAUAAGGGAUAUCCACUUAAGCCAGCCAUUAAACUUUGGAUAAAAGUUGUAUUGUUAACCCUUCAGUGUUGGUACCAUGAGGGGCAUCUUUCAGAUGUCCUGUCAAUCUCUUAAGAAACGAAUUCUAUGCACAACAUUCCAAGACUCAAGGAGCAGCUAAAAGAAUUAUGAUAAAUGUAUAAAUUGGAUUUCAGCUUUUGUCAUGCUCUAAGGCAAUGUUGUGUAUGUCACCGGCCCCAUGUCUGACCCCACAAAAUAUUGCAAAAUAGGUUGCAAACAAAUAUAUCACAGAGCAAGUUCCACCCAAAAAUAUGUAUUAAAUUGUGAUCUGUACAGGUCCUGAUAGUAGGAGGCUGAUCUUUUUUCAAGAAUAAACUUUAUUCAUAAAAUAUAUACCAG